AUGAAGAUUUUAUUCGUUUUUGCCCACCCAGACAAGGCUUCCUUUAAUCAUUCUCUUUUGGAUGCUGCUGUCAAACAAUUAGAAGCACAAGGAAAUGAGGUCAGAGUCAGCGACUUAUACCGUAUGGACUGGAAGACUAAUGUGGAUGAAACUGAUUUCUUAAAUCAUGAAAAGGGUUCCAGAUUGAAAGUUGCCGAAGCAUCUUUUGUUGCUAAUUCAGAUAACAAGUUAACUACUGAUGUCAUAGCAGAACAAGAAAAAUUGAAAUGGGCUGACACUGUCAUUUUCCAAUUUCCAGUUUGGUGGUUUAGUAUGCCUGCUAUCUUAAAGGGUUGGUUUGACAGAGUCUUUGCCUGCGGUUUCGCAUAUGGUGUAGGUGUUCAUGAUGAAACUCACUAUGGUGAUAGGUACGGUGAAGGUGUAAUGGAAGGUAAACGUGCUUUCUGUAUGGUCACCACCGGUGGUAGCAGCGAUCAUUACUCUCAAAGAGGUAUAAACGGUCCAAUUGAUGACAUUUUGUUCCCAAUCAAUCAUGGUAUGUUAUUCUAUCCUGGUUUUACAGUCUUGCCACCUGUAAUCACUUACAGAACUGAUUCAAAACGUGAAGAAGUCUAUGCGAAUGCUGAAAAGGCUGUCUUAGAACGGAUGGAUAAUAUAGCCACUGUUGAACCAAUUCAUUACAGAAGACAAAACUUCGGUGACUAUAAUAUUCCUGAGAUGACUUUAAAAGAAGGUUUGGAACAACCGGGUCAAACUCGUUUUGAUAUUCAUAUCAAGAAAGAUUGA